AUGGAUCAAGGCCAUUAUUCCGCUGCACGUCAUGCUGCCGCCGGUGCUUCCACCUACUCGGCUCAGCAGCCCGGCCACGCCCACCCAUACGCCGCCUACCAACAUCACCCGCACUCACACCCUCACUCAUCCGUGAACCCUCACUCGCCUCAGGGUCAGCCACAGUAUUACCAGAUGAAUCCUGUGAGCCCAUCUCACCAUGCCCCGUCCAUGACGAGUCCCCGCGUACUUCCCAACUCAGAUCUCAUGCCCGGCCCUCAAUCGCCAGGAUCAGCAACCUCCUCCGCCCCAGGUCAACACGGAAUGACUGCACGAGAUGCCUCGCCCGCCGCCUCUGGAACCGGCACCGCAUCCACCGCUGCUUCAUCCUCCAAGCCCAUUCGAAGGCGAAUGCGCAUGAUCACAUCCUGCCUUGAAUGCCGCCGCCGCAAGCUCAAGUGUAACAAGUCACAGCCCUGCGUGAAUUGCAUGAAGUUUUCGCGCGAUUGCGUCUAUCUGAGUCCCAAACUCGACGAGGCCAGCCAGCUGCGUUUGACCGAGAUCAAGGAAAAGGUUGGCUCUCUGGAGCGCCAACUGGAGCGCGACGUCGCAAAGACAGCAUCACGCGCGGCCAAGCAGCAGAGUAUCCUCGCCGACGAUGUCGAAGACGAGUUCGCCGAAGAGCGUCACCUCGAGCCCACAGACAUGACGGCGCUCGACGUUACCUAUGACGAGGACGCUGAUGGCACGGACGAUGUCAUUGAUCUAGGAGUCCAGGUCGGUCGCAUGCGCAUCACGGAGAGGAUUGGUGGUUUAUCCAGACCUCGGAUAGCUGAAGAGAUCUCCGCCGGGAUAUCUGGCGGACCUCCCGGUUCUGGAGGGCCACCCGGACCUCCUUCUAUGGGAGGAGGUAUGGCAGGUAUGGGAGGCAUGGCUGGAAUGAUGGGCGCAAUGGGCGGGGCCGGACGUGGCGGCCCGCCCCGUGGUGGGCCACCGCCUGGAUAUCCCGGCUUUCCCGGUCCACCCCCGGGCAUGGAUGCCAUGUCCACCGUCAGCGGAGGUUCUGGCAACUCACUGCCUGACUUCUUGAAACCCAGCGAUUCUUACAUCCCACCUUCGAGUGGGUUUUUCUUCGGACAUGCGCCUGAGGCUCAAUCAUUAGAGUCAUUACUGCCGACUCGGGAAGCCGGAGACCGCCUGAUCCAGCAAUACUUCUAUGCCGUCCACCCCAUCGCCAGAUGCGUGCAUCGUCCGACAUUCGAGAUCGACUACCAGAACUUCUGGGAUGAUGUGUAUAGCAACUUUGAGCCGCGUCCAUCCACACAGGCUGUCAUGUUUGCCGCAUGGUUCAGCGCCGCCGUGAGCAUGGAUGAUUCGCUGGUAUAUCAGCUCUUCGGCGUUUCCAAAGCGUCCUUGAUUGAGAGACUGAAAGCUGCGACCGAGACUGCACUUGGAAAGGCCAAUUUCCUCAGGACCACAAGAGUCGAAACCAUGCAGGCUUUCGUCAUGUACAUGCUUCCGCUAUGUAGAGCCGAGGUUUCCCGGGCUCACUCUGUUCUGGUUGGCGCUGCCGUCCGAAUGGCUGAGUGCAUGGGUCUUCACAGAGAUGGAGAGACCUACGGACUCAAUCCCCUGGACACACAUGUGAGAAGGCUCAUCUGGCAUCAGCUAUGCUUCCUCGACAUUCGCACAUGCGAGGCUCAAGGACCGAGGCCAGCAAUUCGCCGCGAGGAUUAUGACACCAAACUUCCCCUGAAUUGCGAGGAGACCGACUUGUACGCGACAGGACCGCCUCCUGAGGGGGCAGAUGGUUGGACGUCAACACUGUUGUCCCUCAUUCGCUUCGAAAGCAACGAGAUGAUGCGUAUCGUUUGGCUGGAUCGUCGCAGGUUGGAAAGCCGCCGAACUACCCUUACCGCGGUCCUCACCAAGAUUGAGAACUUCCGCAAACGCAUGCUCGACAAGUACGAGCGUUACCUCGACGACGACGUUCCGAUACAACGGUAUGCCAGGUUGGUUAUGUACCUGCUGAUCUCUCGACUCCAUGUCAUGGUCCUUCACCCGUACCACGCCAACGCGAACAGCCCAAUGCCUCAUCGCCUCAACAAUCUUCUCAUCACGUCAGGCAUUAUGAUCAUCGAAAUCUCAAUCCGACUUGAGACUGAUGUGCCAUUCCACGAAUGGGCAUGGUACCUGGGCGCCUACCAACAGUUCCAGAUCGCCUUGCUCUUGGCCACUGAGGUCUACUACCGGCCGCAAAGCAGCGAAGCUCCGCGUAUCUGGAACUGUCUGGAUUAUGUUUUCCACACGGAUCAAAACGCACCACCCGAGGUCAAGGGCCUACAGAUCCUUGGUGAGAUCAUGAGCAAGACCGGCAUUUACCAGAGCAUGCGCAAGAUGCGUGCUCCUACUGGAACGUCCCGGGCAGCACCGGCCAAAAACGCGGUGGGCGUCAAGAACAACUCGGGGCCGUCGAUGCAACACUCUCCCCAACAGUAUCAACACAGCGCGCCGAUGGGUCUCAAGACAGAGGCCGGGAUGGCCGCCUCCGGCCUACAUCCACCGACACCGGUCAGCGGGGCUGGAUCUCCGGGCAUGGGAUCUCCGGGUGGCCCCCCGGGAGGAAUGGGAGGACCGCCUCCCAACAUUGUCUUUGCGGGUGUUUCCAACGGAGAGGCGCUGUGGAGCGUGCAGCCCGUCACCGCAGAGAGCCCCGAGAGCAGUUGCGACGGCGCGAGUGUUGCCGGCCACAGGGCGCAGGCGCCGAUGAACAUGGUCAACUCGCUCGAGGGCGUCGACUGGGACAUCAUCAACAAUCUCUUCCCGCACGACCCCAACACGGGCGAGCUGAACAUUUCCGGCUUCCACGACCCGACUCUCGGGUUGAACGGAUUCCACUGGGGCCAGAGACAAGGCCUCGACCUCCAUUGA